AUGUUGAAGAGCUUGAACUCAAGACCAGCGGUGAGAGUUCCACCAACUCUAGCUCCUCUCACCAGAAGCACUGCCCUGAGCAAAACCCUAGCUUUCGCCUCUUCAACAACAAUGGCUGCUUCUUCUUCUCUCUCUUUUAGGCCUCUACUUAGCUCCCUCGCCACCGAUCUCAAAGACGUCGGUUUAUCGCCUGCGAAUUUAGUACCAAGCUUUGGGGAUUCCCUCGUGAGUUUUGGGUUAAAAAGGGCAACAACGCUGAGGGGAAAGAGGUUGUUGUUGUCUGGAAAUAAAUUCAAAGUGAAUUGUUCAGCUGAUAGAGAGAUGGAUGUGAGCACUUCAGCUGUGGUUGAUGGUGUUGCGGACUGCUUAAAUGAAAUUGAGCUGAAAGAGCCUAGUAUUUCAACAAUUCUGAUGAAUUUCGAGAACAAGUUUGAUCCUUACAAUGCAAUGAAUACGCCACUUUACCAAACAGCUACUUUUAAGCAGCCUUCAGCAACAGAAAAUGGUCCUUAUGAUUAUACCAGAAGUGGAAAUCCCACACGGGAUGCCUUGGAAAGCCUUUUGGCAAAGCUUGAUAAGGCAGAUCGAGCAUUUUGUUUCACUAGUGGAAUGGCUGCUCUGGCUGCUGUUGCUCAUCUUGUAGGGACAGGUGAGGAGAUUGUUGCCGGAGACGACCUGUAUGGUGGUUCAGAUCGGUUACUGUCACAAGUAAUUCCAAAGACUGGAGUUGUGGUGAAACGAGUGAACACAAGUGAUUUAGAUGAAAUUGCAUCUGCUAUUGGCCCCUGGACGAAGCUUGUGUGGCUGGAGAGUCCCACCAAUCCUCGACAAAUAAUUUCUGAUAUUCGCAAAAUAGCAGAGAUGGCUCAUGCACAUGGUGCUAUUGUGUUAGUGGAUAACAGUAUAAUGUCCCCUGUAUUGUCACAGCCACUGGAUCUAGGAGCAGAUAUUGUUAUGCACUCAGCCACUAAGUUUAUUGCUGGACAUAGUGAUGUCAUGGCAGGUGUAUUAGCUGUUAAAGGAGAUAGCUUGGCAAAGCAGCUAUAUUUCUUACAAAAUGCAGAAGGCUCUGGGUUAGCUCCAUUUGACUGUUGGAUCUGUUUACGAGGAAUUAAGACAAUGGCCUUACGUGUUGAGAAGCAACAGGACAAUGCGCAAAAAAUUGCUGAGUUUCUUGCUUCCCAUCCACGAGUAACGCAAGUUAAUUAUGCAGGGCUUGCUGAUCAUCCUGGACGUGCCUUACAUUAUUCUCAGGCAAAGGGUGCAGGAUCUGUAUUGAGUUUUCUGACAGGUUCACUGGCAUUAUCAAAGCAUAUUGUCGAGACUACGAAAUACUUCAGUAUAACUGUCAGUUUUGGAAGUGUGAAGUCUCUUAUAAGCCUGCCCUGCUUCAUGUCUCACGCAAGCAUACCAUCUGCAGUGCGCGAGGCCAGAGGUCUAUCUGAAGAUCUUAUUCGUAUUUCGGUGGGAAUCGAGGAUGUGAAUGAUCUGAUUGCCGAUUUGGACUAUGCACUUAAAACUGGCCCUCUGUAG